AUGGGUAAACCGCGUGGUACUCGCUCGCUAGCUGAUCAGCUUGCUGAUUUUGAAGACCCUACUCCCAAAGAUUUCGAUCCCGAAGAUAUCGACAAUGGAGCACAGUCAAGUGACGAGGAAGAUGGAGAUAAUGAUGAAGUGACUACAGGACGAGAGCACUAUGAAAAUGUUGGCAAAGCAAAACUUCGCAACGAUGACCCCAUUGCCCUGGGCAAACAAUAUGACGGCGCCCGUGUGAGCAGGGACGCUUUAGGCGCAGACAGCGAUGACGACCCUUUCGCUGCUCGCUCUGAUGACGACGACGACAGCUCUGCGGGGAGCGGAUCGGGAGAGGAGGAUGAAGGCUCAGACGAUAUCUCCGGAUUCGACUCCGACGAUUCCGCCAUUGAUGAUGAUGCAUUGGCUCAGGAGAGCUCCGAUGAGGAGGAAGAAGGAGAAGAAGAUGACGAGAGCGAGGAUGCCGAGGAGGACUUGCCAAGGAAGAAAUCCAACAAGAAGUCUCCAGCUGUCAAACAUAGCGAGGCUCCGUCCGGCGACCGGGAUGAGAUUCGGAGACUAAUGGCGACGGAUCAGAAAACUAUUGCCGCCACUAUUUCCUCCGCGGCCAAGGCCGAUGCCACCAAGGGAAAGGCUGUGAAGCAGCAACGUACCACUUUUGAUGCGCUUCUCAAUGCGCGUAUCAAGCUGCAGAGUGGAUUGACGUCUAUGAACGGUAUCCACGCUGUUUUGGGAGCCAACAACGAGUCUGGAGAAAACCCGAUCGACCAGGAAGAGGAGGUUGUGGACGAAGAAGCGAUCAAGUCCGUAGAGUCGGCGGCCAUGGCAUUAUGGUCAACCCUCGAGGGUUUGCGCACUGCCCUGGCAGACGCUACUGCGAAGGAAGGAAGCAAAAAGCGCAAGAGGCCUUCCCCUGUUUCCCCUACUACCCCUACCGCCUCCCUUUGGGAACGCAUGAACGACCUGGAAUCCGAAUCCCUCUCGCACCGUCGCAGCAUUCUCGACAAGUGGUCCUCCAAGGUUCGGGGUACUUCUUCGACUCUCCCUAAUGCCAGGGGUAAAUUGCUCGGUUCUGCCUCCGGUCGGCAACAGACCAUCACAGCCGUCCUAGACGCUCAAGUCGCCUCCGAGGUCGGAGAACGACCUUCCAAGCGUUCGCGCCCUGAUCAGCAGGAGCCUUUUUACGACGACAGCACUUUCUACCAGUCUCUUCUUCGUGAUCUCGUUGAGCAGCGCAUGGCCGGUUCCGACGGCCAGACCAGUGGCUUUGACAACCUCCACCAAUUGCCGACACGUUUGCCCAUUCACCCUGUCACCGGUAUGCGCAACGAUAAGGUGAAGCGUGAUAUUGAUACCCGUGCCUCCAAGGGCCGCAAGAUGAAGUACACUGUGCAUGAAAAGCUGCAGAACUUCAUGGCCCCUGAAGACCGUGGUUCGUGGACCAUGCGCGCACGCGACGAACUUUUCGCCUCCUUGCUUGGCCGAUCGGCGAGCGGUCUUCUUGGCGAAGGCGAUGAUAGUGAAAGUGACGCCGAGGAAGAAGUUGAUCGGGAGGAAAGUGGGUUGAGACUGUUCCGGAACUAG